AAUGCAGCCUUUGCAGACCAUGCUUGUUGCCGUAUCAGCCGUGAUAAUGCCGCUGUAUGUGUUUACAAAUGCCUUUUCUGGAAGCACUGCUCGCACAGUUAUAAUGCAUCACGUAUAUCAGUAACGAUUGUGCUGGAUCUUUCAACAUUUAAGAAUUUGAAUCCUUUUACAGUAUUUUGCUGUCCUGCGCAUGUUUAUUUCAACAGAAGCUUACUGCUCGUGAAUAAAGGGGAAAAUCUGCAACAGCCAUGGGGAAAUUUCUUGAUAUUUUCAAGAGCUUUUUGGGACGCCGGCCACGGGAAGCCCCGAAACGGGUGCAGAGAGAAUACCCACCAUUUACAAAGGAUUUCAGCAUCAACCCGGAGAGCAGUUUUGCGGUAAAAAUGUUCCAGGCUGUGAUUCAGACAGCAAAUACUCCUGACGCGAAUAUCGUCGUCAGUCCAUACUCAGCGGAAGUAAUCCUGGCUGCCAUUCUUCCCGGAGCCGGUGGCGAACUGAAAUCCGCUCUAACGGAAUUAUUGUGUCAAGCCGGAAGAGAUUUUUCGGAAAUAAUCCGAAAUCUUGAAGCUGUCAAUACGGACGGUGCGCUGAAAUCAGUGAACGCAGCGUUUUACGAUGAUAGAUGCUGUUUGGCUCCCCAGUAUCAGGAAACAAUUCAAAGCGCAAUGCAAUUCGGGUUUUCUAAAACGCCGUUCGAAAAAUCUCCCGGCGAAGCGUUAACGAUAGUAAAUAAUUUUGUAGCGGAAAAGACCGAGGGAAAGAUAAUCAGCUUGUUGAGCGAAGUCAAGCCGACGACGCUGUUAAUUCUGGUGAAUAUCAUUGAUUUCUCCGGUCAAUGGGAAAUUCCCUUCGACAAAAAGGACACCGAACUCGACAUUUUCUACUGUCCAAAGGGCGUUGAGAAGACAGUGGAAUUCAUGAAGAACAAUGAGACCUGGGUCAGGGCUUCGAACAUGGAUGCAUCUGGAGAGCCCAAGAUGGUCAUCCUUAACGUCGCGAAUAGGAAGUUCAGUGUUAUGCUGAUACUGCCAGCUGAGAAUACCGGAGGCAUCAGCGAUUUAGAGAAGGAGCUAACCAUUGAGAAACUACUGGCUUUGCGAGAAAGAAGCUCGGAUGGAAUUCACUAUGUUGUCAUGCCGAAGUUCCGCAUCAGCUGCGGGGUUGAUUUGAUACCGGGCGCGAAAGCCAUGGGUCUUCAAGAAAUGUUUGAACCGUCGGUGACUAACUUUAGUGGCAUGUUUGAAGAUACUCAUUGGCCGAAGCAGGUCGAUGUGUUCCGGCAGGAAGUGGUUUUAGAAGUGGACGAAUACGGCGUAAAAGCAGCUGCUGCAACGGGUUGUUGUAUCGGAGAUUACUGCUGUGACUGCAGUCGUUCAUCACCAGACUUUGUCGCAAAUCGCCCGUUUUUGGUAAUCAUCUGGAAUGAGGUAGCAAAUGUUCCAGUUUUUAUUGGUCGCAUCACGGAUCCGAGUUAAAAUUUCCGGUGGCGGCCAUCGGCUCUUCUUAAUUUUCUUUUUUGUGGAAAAAUGUGAAGUACCCUCACGUACGCGACUUGUGACGUAUCAGGGCUCCCCCGCCACUUUUGUGUCGCUCGAGUUUCAGUAGAUCAGAUGCGGCAAUGUACAAUACAAAAUCGUCUGGAUGUCGUGGAUUUUUGUUACGUAUUGUUACUUGUGUGAUUCGUGAUGUAAUUUACUUAAAAGUGUGAACUCGUCUGCAUGCAAUUUCGUUUUACACAGGUUAUUAUCCACGCCGUAUGAUCUGCUCUACAAGUAAUUACAAAGGUUCAGUGUCUCUACGAAAGCAAAAUCGAAUAUUACAGUAUUAUGUUCUCAAAAAAUGAGAUGGUCAACGAAAGAUUACUACGGUUUUAG